CCACGACUGCGAUGGAGUGUCUCGAAGCCUCUUCGUCCACAGUCGCGAGCUCGACCGACAGCCGAGUAAUGGACGUGCCCGCGAUGCGUCCUCGAUGGAAGAAGGCGCUGUCACUGGGCUCCACAGCUUCAUCCGCAGACACAGAUCGAUGUACUGACUUGGAUGAGCUCGACUUGGAGGCGUUGACAGCGGACGGAGUGUUGACGCUGAACUCCAGUACGGGCGUGUAUUCGGGUUGGGUGCACGUUUCGACCUCUGGACCUGGUCGAGUGGCGUUUGCCAAGCGGUUUUGCAGACUCGAGGAGCUUGUUUGCAAGUUUUUCGAAUCCUCUGAAGAUGCAGAGCACAGAGCUCGACCUGUCGGACGCCAUGUCAUCAUCUCUGUCCGACGGGUGCACUCACGAAACAAGACGUUCGCGUUCACAGACUAUGAGGAUCGUACGGUGUUGUUGCAUACGUGUAUUGGUGCCGACUUUGAGCACUGGUACGGGACUUUUGCGGCAAUUGUGAAAGCGACACAAGUGGCAAAAAGUCACGAUGUUGCCGCAUCUCGUCGAGCGACAAUUGUCACGCCCAGAGCAAGAAUAGGCAGGAGACAGCGAGCAGUGGGGGAAGCGCAGCGACUGCGAGCGCUGACAAUGCCAGAAAUGAACAGCCCAUUGGCCUUAUCGACACCCAACAGACCGCAAGGAAGGGAGUUGCCUCCUCUUGUGAUGGAUGAAAGAGACCCGGAACGGACGCACACAGUUUGGCUCUACGUGCAAGCUCCGUGGUGGCGGCAACUUCUGCUGAAGCGAAAGCGUAUGCGACGGUAUUUCGUGCUCUCAGGAGUCAACAUAAGUUGCUUCAGCGUGAACAAGGAAGGCAAACUCGCCACCUUUUCGCACACGAUUUCGUCGUGUGUGUACAAUAGUGAACAAGAUCCAACUGUGCUCGAAUUGGAUUAUGGCAACACUCACAAGAAAUUGCAUCUGAGUGGCACAACUGAUGGACGGAGCGCAGUUGCGGCAACGGCAAAAUACAUCAAAAAGGCCCUCGAAUUAUCAACCUAA